UCCUGGUCCCAGUGCAGACAUGGCUGAAGAGCAGGCUCUGGUCGAGCUGUUCGUCAAGGCCGGCAGUGAUGGAGCCAAGAUUGGGAACUGCCCCUUUUCCCAGCGCCUCUUCAUGGUGCUGUGGCUUAAAGGAGUCACCUUCAACGUCACCACGGUAGACACCAAGAGGCGGACAGAGACGGUACAAAAGCUAUGUCCCGGAGGACAACUCCCUUUCCUGCUGUACGGCACCGAGGUGCACACGGACACCAACAAGAUCGAGGAAUUUCUGGAGGCCGUACUCAGUCCCCCCAGGUACCCCAAGUUGGCAGCCAAGAACCCCGAAUCCAACACGGCCGGGCUGGACGUCUUCGCCAAGUUCUCAGCCUACAUCAAGAACUCCAAUCCCGCGCUUAAUGCCAACCUGGAGAAAGGGCUGCUGAAAGCCCUGAAGAUCCUGGACAUCUACCUGACCUCCCCGCUGCCCGAGGAGGUGGACGAGACCAGCGCGGAGGACGAGGGCAUCUCCCAGCGCAAGUUUCUGGACGGCGAUGAGCUCACGUUGGCGGACUGCAACCUGCUGCCCAAACUCCACAUCGUUAAGGUGGUGUGCAAGAAAUACCGGGGUUUCUCCAUCCCCGAAGAGUUCCGGGGGGUGCAGCGGUACCUGAAGAACGCCUACGCCCGCGAGGAGUUCGCCUCCACCUGCCCGGACGAGGAAGAGAUCGAGCUGGCCUACGAGCUGGUGGCCAAGGCCCUGAAGUAGCCAUCCCUCGGGAAACCCUUACUAGAUGGCCGCCUCCCCCGUCCCCCCCAUCCCCACCCAGAGUGGACCAGAUCCUGUGACCCCGAGGGAGCCCCCCGGACCCAGGCUAGAAGCUGUGCUGGCCCGGGGACCCAUUCUGAAACGUUUUUCGUAGAUUACCCAUCCUAGGGCUUAGUACGUUGCUUGAUGCAUAGUAAGCAGUUAGCAAAUAUGCCCCUUAUUAUUAUUAUUAACGUUAUUAUUAUUAUUAGAUUGAGUGACGGGUGGAGAGGGCCACCCCGGAGGAAUAGGAGUCGGGUGGGA